AGUCAAGUGCCACAAUACAACAAGGUCAAGCAGAGCAGAACCAAGAACUUCAAAUUUGAUCAAAAUUUGAAAAGUGAUAAAUCUAAUUUUUAGAAAAUACUUUAGUUAAAAGAACUUGAACGAUUUAUUAAUAAUUAUGAUUAAUUAUUGAAAUAUUCUCGACUUCUACUCCUUAGAAAAGGUUGAGGGAGAGAGCAGGAUCUGGGAUAUCAUGGAGCUUCAGAACCCGGUGAAUGGAUCCUUGAACAUAGAUCCUAAAAGUUCAGUUCCAAUCCUGAUACAGAGUAAGAUGACGAGGUUUAAUGAGAAGGUUCGGUUCUGAAGAAUGGGAAACUGUUGUCUAGGGAGAGAUCGUGGAACUGUUAGAUCCUACAGAGUUGCUCCGGAGAACGGAACCCAGAAGAAUCCAGCUCCGUCCUACAACCAGACCAAUGGGGUUGUUUAUCUAGGUGGAGUUCACAACAGGGAGGGGUUCGACGAAAAUGAGGACAAUAAGUCAAUUCGAACCUGGGACGGACCAGAAAGAGAAAGUUUCUCCUUGAAAGGUUCAGAUUCUAUGAGAUGCGAACUAGGAAGUAGAACUGUUCUAGACAAUAAUCCAGCCUCAAGACGUAGUUCAGAAGCUCCUCCAAGUCGAAGUAAGAGACCGGAGACAAGACGAUCCAGUACGCUUAACCUGGGAGCCUCAUCACGUUCCGCCUUACUCCGUGAGAGAAGAUUAACUCCAGUAAAUCUAGAAGAUACGUUCUGGAUUCCCGGAUCUCUGGCAAGACAUAUGGGGUACCCUGAUCAACCCAAUCCUCCUGUUAAGGAACGGUGUCCAAGUAUACAACUAAAUGGUAAUGUUGUCCUGGUUCCAUCCCAGGAUAACAGUCCUGCAGACGGGAAGGAGAAAGGAUUGUUCGAGGAGGUGAUGGAUCUCUAUGAUCACCCUCGAUCCCUUCUGCAAUCCCAAUCCAAGAUUGAGAGCAGAGGUAUAAUCAACGAGAACUUUGAAAGCUCGGAAUCUGAGAGCAGUCAUAACUCUCUAAACCGAACAAGAAAUAUUAGCGAGUAUAAAGUUGAGAAUCAGGUUUCCAACGCUUCAUAUAAAUCAGAAUUCCAGGAUUCCGGAGAUACCUCUAGAACAGAUAUCCUAGAGAUCCAAGGCUGUGAUCGAUCCUUGCAGAAAACCCCGUCCUUUUCCUCUCCAAUAUUUGUAAUCCCAGCUCCGCCUCAGCACACAGAGUCUCAGGAGAAUAUGGAACCUAACUCCUCUGCGGAUGGGAAUGACAAGGAUGACUCAAGUGAUGAAGAUACAGUGAACCUGUACAGGGUUGAGCAUGGGAGAAUGAGAACUAACAGUAUCGUCCUCAUGCAUAAAGUCCAGGUUACAGCUAGGAAAUCAAUAGAUUUAUCAGAGCUGGACUCACUUCCUGUCAGCGGAUACCAAUCCAAGAGCUCGGAGGACGGAGAGAGUUCAGAAUGUCUAGAGAAAGACUCGGAAGUAGCUCUACGGACAAGAAACGUACUUGAGGUGAGACGAGAGGACGGCCGGAAACGAAGUUCUGUUCACUUGUACGUGGACGACGUGUCUGAAAAUACUAGAAUCUAGUCUCACAAAACAUCUAAAUCCGUCCUUAAAUUACAGCCUUAUAAAACCAGUGAUCAUGCAUUAUGUACAAUUUUUCCAAUUUGAAAACAAAUCUCCGAUUAAUUGUCGUCUUCCACUCCAUGAUUUCUCUAUUUAAUUGAUAUAAAAGAAACCGCAGACUUUUAUACAGCAUUUAUAGACUUUUAACUGCUCGUGAGAACAACAAGUAUAAGGUCUGGAAUGCAUGAAACACUGCCUGUGUAGAUUACAACCUUGUUUUGCAAUAUGAUAGUUUAACCACCUUGUCUCAGA